AUGACUUCGUCUUUGUUCCAAGCGUUGCCUCGCAAAUUUCACUCAAUAUGGCACCUGACAAGGUUUUUGCCCAGGAAAGAGAAGCUCUUGGCAAAAUCGUCCACAAACACACUAUGGGCCAGGAAGAGGACGCACUUCUGA